UGCCAAUCAGAAAUGCGAUAUAUCUGCCAGUACACAAAGUAUCGAUACAAUCUAUUAAAAACGUUGUCUUUUGGGGCUUAUACACUGUUUUCGGCUUGUAUCAGAAACUACCGGAACUUGUUGGCUGCGAUUUGUGUUGUUUCCAUUCGGACAGGGUUUCAGUCGGACCCCCGAGACAGGAAGUGUGGGAAGUUUGUGUUCGAAUGAGUUUGUCUUUACUCUUGUGUUCUUCUACAACGCUCUCCUGAAAGAAGGAUGUCAGGUAUUCCGCCAGAUUCGUGGCAGCCCCCGACAGUCUGCCUGGAGACAACAAUGGGGACGAUCGUGGUGGAGCUGUACUGGAAACACGCCCCCAAAACCUGUAAGAACUUCGCUGAGCUGGCUCGGAGGGGCUACUACAACGGUACCAAGUUUCACCGGAUCAUCAAAGACUUUAUGAUCCAGGGCGGAGACCCGACUGGUACAGGGCGAGGAGGAGCCUCCAUUUAUGGCAAACAGUUUGAAGAUGAACUGCAUCCUGAAUUGAAAUUCACAGGAGCUGGGAUUUUGGCGAUGGCAAACGCCGGGCCGGACACCAACGGGAGCCAGUUCUUCCUGACGCUGGCACCAACACAGUGGCUGGAUGGGAAGCACAGCAUCUUCGGGCGCGUGUGCCAGGGCAUCUCCGUCGUCAGCCGCGUCGGCAUGGUGGAGACCAACACGCAGGACAGACCGGUGGACGACAUCAAAAUCUUAAAGACCUCCCUGCCAAGCUGAGACGCGCACACUCUGCACGGCCGAUAGUCUGCCUGUUAUUCAGAAGAGCUGCUUCUUCAAGGUGCCAUCAGCAGGGAGGGGUCCCCAAUACUCCUUCGCAAUCUCAGCGUUCCUACUGAGUGUGGAGUCGUGCGCCGUCUAGUGGAAUAUGACUUUUCUGAAUCUUGAAUUAUUUUGAAUCUCAAUCACAAAUUGAAAUAAAUGUUUUGCAGUUUUUUUAAAA